AUGUUCGGUUAUGCAGAUGAUACUACUGUCGUAGAGAGGUACCUGUCCAGCGCUCAAGCAUCUCAGGUCAGUAUCAGAUUUGAACGGGAGGCCAUGAUUUCGCGUAUCAACUCAGCCUUGCUGGACGUCACGAAUUGGGCCAAUGAUAAUCUGGUUGAAUUUAACACUACCAAAACACAGGCGUGUCUUUUUACUGCGAAGCGGAAUCCACUUCACCUAUCUCCUUCUUUUCAUGAUGUACCGAUAGCAUUAACCCCCAACCUCGAAUUACUGGGUAUGUCGAUUUCUGCAAAUCUUAACUUUCGUCAAUUCAUUGAAGCCAAAGCCCAAGUAGCUGCCAAAAAGCUUGGCAUAUUAGCAAAAGUGAGACAUUUCUUCACACCGGCACAGCUCCUUCAACUCUACCAAGCUCAAAUUCGGUCGUGUGUGGAGUAUUGCAGUCAUCUUUGGGCGGGUUCCGCCAAAACUCACCUUGGUGCUUUGGAAUCAAUGGAGAGACGUGCUUGUAGAAUCAUUGGCGAUCCCUCAUUAAUUCGUCGUGGCCUUCAAAGUCUUGACCAUCGCCGGCAAGUAGCAUGCCUAUCGGUUUUCUACAGAAUUCAUUUUGGUGAAUGUGCGAAUGAACUCCACCACCUGGUUCCAUCUUCCCCAUUUCUUCACCGCACAUCUAGACGGGGAAUGGGAUUCCAUCCCUUCACAGUCGACAUUCCUCAUGUACGUACGCAGCGUUAUGCAAAUUCUUUUUUCAUCCGAACUGCGAAGGAAUGGAAUGCUCUUCCAUCGUCGGUGUUCCCCGUGGACUACAAUAUCCAGCUCUUCAAGUCCAGAGUGAAUAGGUUUCUUCUGGGUAGACGUGCUCCUAAAUAG